CAAAACGUCCAUCCGAGAUGUAGCUGGACGCUUUGGAGUGAGUGAGAGCACGUGCCACGCUAUGAUAACACGAGUGAUGACGCAUCUAUGCCAGAUCGCCUACAGGGUUAUCAGAUUUCUAUCUGACCUCGACAAGCUCUCCAGCGAUUUUGAGCAGGUCUCUGGCAUGCCUGGAGUCAUCGGAUGUAUCGACGGGUCAUACAUUCCCAUCCGGUGCCCUGCAGACAAGAUAAGGAGCACAUACAUCAACAGGCAUGAUAUACUGUCCAUCACGGUCCAAGGCAUCUGUGACCACAAGAGACGCUUAUUAGACGUGUCGGUAGGGUGCCCGAGCAAGAUUCAUGACGGGAGAGUUUUUAAGCUUUCGACUGUUUCCAAGCGCAUCCCAACUCUUUGUGAAGGAGCAAAGUACCAUCUCCUUGGGGACGCUGCAUAUCCAUGCAGGGAGUACCUUGUUCCACCAUACAAGGACUAUGGGAACCUCAGUCCCAAGCAGCAUGCCUUCAACACGAAACUGAGCUCGACACGAGUGCUCAUUGAGAACGCCUUUGGCAUUCUUAAGAACAGGUUUCGGCAGCUGAAGGUCCUGGAGUUCAUUUCUGUGGAAAGAAUGUGCCAGUUUACCAUGUCGUGCUGCGUUAUCCACAAUCUGUGUAUUGACGGAGAUGACCUCAUGGACCCAGGGGCUCCCGAGCCAACCAAGCGCACAACUCCCUACGAAGACGAGGACGAGGUGGAGGCUGCGCUACGAGUCUUGGGGGAGACGAAGCGCAGCGCACUCGUGAGGAUGGUUUGCUGA